GUAUUUUAAAGUUAUUCCGUUCGCGUUCAUCACCUGAUGGGUUCGUAUUUUACUAUCGUGAAUGUGAAUGAAAUGUUAACUUUUGUGGAUUGUGAGUUCACGAUGCAUCCAAGGUCGCUAUCGACGAUCGUUGAAAACCGGUUUGGGUGGUGACGGCGGUGGGUGGGGUAGCGUAGAUAAAUCUCGUGGGAAGCCGCUUCUCGUGGCCACGGCGUGUGUAAUUACGGGAAGCGGCGGUGCCGGCUUAGCUCAUCCAAGCCGCGUCAUCCACCGAGCAGCCUUUCAAGUGCGGAGGAGGUGUUUCGAUCGCGAAGCCCAUUUCGAGGGAUCUUUCUGAGAUCCAAGAGCAGUUUACCAGAGUCGGCAGAUCAUGUCGGGUGUGUGGUUUUUGGCUGUGACUAUCGUGGUUGUUCUGGCGUGGGGGCCGCAGGAGGGAGCGUGUGGUUCGUACGUUGAUCUGCCGAAAGCGCAUCUUCCCAUGUACUUUCGGCGUUUCCCUGCCCUUGAAAAACAGUGCGCCGAAGAUGAGCAGUGCCCGUAUCGAUCGGUGAUCGCAAGCGAAAGUUACCAACAGCAUAAGAACGGGUGCUGGGGUUACGAAGAUGGAUGCACGGAGAAGGAGCGCUACGUGAACCAUACCUGCCCCGGGAGCCACGUUGGUUACGUGAAAAGCAAACAGGCGCAACUGGACACGUUCUACAGUCAGGCGGAUUUCGGUUUCAUUCGCGAUCAGAUUCGUGAGACGCACAUCAUGUGCGAGCCCCAAUUCCCGCACGAUUCAUCGCUGGAGUGCUCCAAGUAUCUGCGCUUCUGCCGCGGUCGUAAUCUUAUGAUCAACUUCACCGAUUUAGCUCAACGCACCGAACCGUUAAGGUACAAGAUGGACGUGCUCAGCCAGGGCCAGAUCGGUGGACAUUGUAGACUGCACGAAGAGCGGCUGCAAGAUGAGCUGCAACAUAUAAGCCCGCUGCAGUCGUGGGGUCCCGAGUUGCGGUUUUUCGAACGGCUUGAGCAACCACCGAUUCAGACCGGACUGUGCGAUGUGGUGAUUGAAAAGCCUGCGUUCAUUAUGAAAAUCGAUGCAGCCAUUAAUAUGUAUCACCACUUCUGUGACUUUCUUAAUCUGUACGGUUCGCUGCACGCCAAUCUAUCACACCCGGACGGUUUCACGACCGACACUCAGGUGCUGAUCUGGGAAUCGUUUCGUUACAUUUCGCCGUUUGCGGACACGUUUAAAGUGUUCACACGUCAUCCGAUCGCCGAUCUCAAGACCUAUGCCGGGAAGGUGGUGUGCUUCCGCAACGUAGUGUUACCGUUGCUGCCGCGCAUGAUCUUUGGACUUUACUACAAUACACCAAUUAUCCAUGGUUGUGAAAACAGUGGCCUGUUUCAUGCGUUUUCCGAGCAUGUUCUGCAUCGGAUGAGGAUCCGGCUCAUGAAGCGGCCCGAUCGUCGUUUGCGGAUAACGUUCCUUUCUCGCCAAACCCGCUACCGGCGUGUGUUGAAUGAAAACGAACUCGUGGCCAGCAUUUCUGACAAUCCGGACUAUUCCGUCCAAUUAGUGACCUAUGGUCACGAGAUGAGCUUCGCCGAGCAGCUGAAGAUAACGCGAAACACAGACAUCUUCAUCGGUAUGCACGGUGCCGGACUGACGCAUCUUCUGUUCCUCCCCAAGUGGGGUACACUGUUCGAACUGUACCACUGUGAAGAUCCCAACUGUUACCGGGAUCUAGCACGACUGCGGGGCGUACACUAUCUCUCCUGGGAACGUGACAAUCUGGUGUAUCCCGAGGGGGAAGGCCGCCAUCCGGAACGCAACGAACGGCACGCAAAGUUCACUAACUACGCGUUCGAGGUAAGCGAAUUUCAACGACUUGUUGCAAAAGCAGCGGAACACGUACGACAACACACGGAAUAUCGCCGCUUUGUGGCUAAAAAUACUCCAGAACAAACGAUUAAGGAUGAGCUUUAAUGAGUGGAGCGGAUGAAACACCUCGUCGCGAUCACUUUGGUGACUGUUUACCAAUGCUUCAUCGUCCGUUGUGAUGAUUAGUUCUUAAAAAAGACAUGAUGCAGCCUUAAAAUUGUGGCCUGAAAAAACCUACUGAAAGCUAUGAGAUUACUUACCCGCGUGUAUUACACCGAUCUUGCCCCAUGUGUCCGCAAUGAUUA